CAAUGGUGAAUGCAAUAGGCGUUGGUGCUUAGGCGUUGUCCCGUCCGGGAUUUGUACGAAAUAUCUCAAGUAUUUUUAUAUUAAGUAUAUUUUAUCAAGAAUGGAGUUCCCGAGAUCGGGGUUGCAUUUCCUAGCAGUGAUGGCGCUACUUAUCUGCUUCGUCGAGCGAGGCUUCGCCAUAAAAUGUUGGGAGUGCAGAUCGGAUGCAGAUCCAAAAUGUGCCGAUCCGUUUGACAAUUCUACAGUUCCGAUCACUGAUUGUAAGCAGGAGAAUGAGUUGUCGCAUUUACCAGGAGUAAAGCCAACAAUGUGUCGAAAAAUUCGACAGAAAGUUCAUGGGGAGUGGAGAUACUUUCGCAGUUGCGCGUACAUGGGUGAGCCUGGUAUCGGCGGUGACGAGCGAUUCUGUUUAAUGCGGACUGGAACUUACAACAUUUUCAUGGAAUACUGUACCUGCAACAGCAAAGAUGGCUGUAAUUCUGCUCCUCGUAUUAGUGGAAGCCAAUUGGCUCUUAUGCUUAUAUCAAUAUUCACUGUAGGAUUUGUUUCUUUCAUGAUCUGAAGAAUUUCCUUAGUGCUUUCGUAAAGCCUAUUGGUCGCAAAUCAUUCCAACAAAUAAGAAACAGUAGGUUAUGAAUGCACAUUUGAAGCCCAUACACUCUUUUGAUGCAGUUGUAUUCGUAUGAUGCAAUGCAUUCUUUAUUCUGGAAGAAGUAAUGGAAAUAUGUACUUCAGAUAAAGUAUUGUAACUUAUGCAUCUUUAGACUUCUUACACGAAUGAAAACUUGAGCUUUGGAUAAAAUUUAAGCACUACAUUGUUCCAUGGCCAAAUCAUGCUAGGAUCUUGUAUGUCGAUGGCUAAACAUGCCUACAGCUGACUGAGAAAUAAUAAUACCACUUUAAGAGUAGAUUAAGAUAUGCUUGCUCCUAGAGACUUGAUAAUUAAUUUAUAUUGGUAGACAUUCCAGUAUAUAUAGGGUAACUAUGGCAUUAAUCACGCUCUUUUAAUGCUUCUGUCCGAGUAUUGUUCCAUUCUUGAUGAAUCAUUUUUUAUGAAUGCUUCGCCAAAUAAUUUUUUCAAAUAUUCUUUAUCAUAAGUCAGUCAUCAAACAUCAGUCCCCUGGAGCAAUGUAGAAUUUUACUGCUGCAGAGAUCUGAAUCGUGUAAAGCAUAUCAACCGUUCGUAGUACAAAUAAGAGAUGUUAUGGCGUCUUACACGCAACCGAUGCGUUGGAUUUUAUUAUUACUUAAUAAGACUGUCAAUACCAUUCAGAAUGAAGAAAGAACAGUUAACUUAGGUCUGAGCAUCACGUGAGCAUUUUUAUAUUUUUAUACGAUCACCGUAUAGUGGGUCAAAAUAAAUACUAAUGCAGUGCCUUGUACAUUAAUUGAAAUGAAAUAUUAUUCGUCAGCGUUGCACAGUAUUGUAAAUGAUUAUUAGGGUAGAUCAUUGCGAAAGACAUUUAAGAAACUGCAAUUUUAUAAUUAAAAUUAUACUAAGCGUUUACUGCGAAAGGAAAAUAAAAAUGUUAUAUACAAAUACAA